AUGUCAACAGAUAUUAACAAAAUUACUAUUAUAUCAGGCGGAACAGCUACAAAUGAAUUAGUAUCAUUAUUUAGCCAAUUAUCAAAUAAUAAUAAUGUAUCAUAUAUUUUACCAAUUUCAGAUAAUGGUGGUUCAACUUCUGAAAUUAUAAGAGUUAUUGGUGGUCCUGCUAUCGGUGAUAUUAGAUCAAGAUUAACAAGACUAAUCCCCAACAAUCAAGAAUCAUUGAGAAAUUUAUUAAGUUUUAGAUUAUCGCCAAAUUCUCAAAUUGCCAAACAACAAUGGAAUGAAAUUGUUGAAGGUACUCAUGAAUUGUGGAAUCCAAUAUCGUCAAGUACAAAGGAAAUUUUUAGAUGUUUCUUUGUUCAUUUACAUGUUGAAUUAUUAAAAAGAUCAAGAAUUCAUCAAAGUACAAAAAGAAUAUUUCGUUAUGAAUUAGCAAAUAUUGGUAACUUAUUUUUAACUGGUGUUAGAUUAUUUAUUGGUUCGUUAGAUUCUUCAAUUGAAUUAUUUUGUAAAUUAACUGGAAUUGAUUCAAAUAUAAAUGUUUUACCAUGUAUAAAUACAAAUUUUACAUAUCAUAUAAGUGCAUUAUUAGAAAAUGGAUUUAUAAUAACUGGUCAAUCACAAAUUUCACAUCCAAGUGAAUUACAAAUUUAUCCACCACCAAUUAAUAAAACAAGACCACCUACUCCAACUGAUGAAAUUGAUGGAUAUUUUGAAGUACCAGUUAAUGAAGUUGCUAUGAGAAGAUUAAGUAUUGAUUCAUUUAUAUCUGAUGAAGAAGAAAGUGGUAAUGUACCACAAUAUACUCAUCCAGAAUUGAAAAAAUCACAACUACAUUUUAAUAAACUGGAGAAUAUAGAACCUUUAAAAGCUCCAAUAAAGAGAAUUUUUUAUAUUAGUCCAUAUGGUGAGGAGAUAAAACCAGCUGCAAAUAAUAGGUGUAUACUGACAAUAUCAAAUACUGACGUUUUAGUGUAUUCUAUUGGUUCAUUAAUGACUAGUAUAAUUCCAGUAAUUAUAUUGAAAGGAAUCGGUAAAGCAAUUGCAAAUAGUCAAUCAAAAAAAGUUUUAUUACUUAACGGAUGUUUAGAUCGUGAAACAUUUGGAAUGACUGCUCUUGAUUUUGUUAAAACAAUUGUAGAAGCUGCUGAAUAUUCACAAGAUAAAAUUAAUGAACCAUGGAAUAAAUACGUUACUCAUUUAUUAUACAUGAAGAAUCCAAAGAUAAAAGUAGAUGUACUACAAUUAGAAGUUCAAGGUAUAAAAUGUAUUCAUGUUGAUAAGAUUGAAGGUACUGAAUUUUUUGAUUUAAAUCAUUUACAGUCUAUAUUUAAUCAUACCAUAUUUUAA